CAACAAGCUCAUUUGACUUCGAGCUCAGGUUCUUGCAAGCCCAAAGUUCAAGUUUGAGAAACAAACAUAGUUCAUCCAUCACUUCAACACCACUGUUCACGUUCCUAGCUUCUUCGACCUCCGCAGCCAUUUCGAAGCUGAACAAGGAUGGGAUUUGGAGCUCUAAGAACCUUAAUUCGACCCCUAGCAAGAACCCUAAUAUCCCGCACCUCCACUUCGAUUUGCUCCACUACGACGCCGUUUCCUUCCACUUCCACUUUCUCACCCCUAAAUUCGGAGCUCCGAUUCGCUUUCGGCGGCCAAGCCCCAUGGUUUCCGAUACACAACCAUUUCCACAGCUUGACCGACACUCGGUUCCCGAAGAGACGGCCCAGCCAAAAGUCUCGUCGCAAAAGAGCCACCAUGAAAACCCCAGGGCCGUAUGCUUGGGUUAAGUACACACCAGGCGAACCGAUACUUCCAAAUAAUCCCAAUGAAGGCAGUGUGAAGAGAAGGAAUGAGAAAAAGCGCAUGAGGCUGCGCCGUGAAUUUAUAUUGGCAGAAAAGAAGAAACGAAAGGCUCAGUUGCAAGAGGCUACAAGGAAGAAGAACAUUAAGAGGGUAGAGCGCAAAAUGGCUGCUGUGGCAAGGGAAAGAGCUUGGGCUCAAAGACUGGCAGAGCUGCAGCAGCUUGAGGAAGAGAAGAAAAAAUCCAUGGCUUAACAUGUAUUCUUGCUCUUACAUCAUCUUUUAUUUCUCGGAAAAUAGCUAACAGCUAGGGAGGGAAGUGAAGUUUUCUCGCUCUGAUGGGUGGCGCCUGGCAUUAGAUCAAAUCUCAUGUGGUUUUUUAAAUUUACUCACCCCCCACAACACCGCCCCCAACCCCCCCCCCCCCCCCCCCCCCCCCCCCACUUUUUUUAAUACCAUAGAAGAAUCUUUGUCCCAAUAAACCACAUACCUUUGUUGAGUUGAAUCUCAAACUUCCUUUCUGAGUGAGAUGAGAAAUGUUACUAAACUACAAUAGAUUGUGUCUGAUGACUUACACCUACAAAACCCAAGUAGGUGUCCAGGCUAGGUUGGGUUUUAUUAUUUUAAUUUUUUUUUUAUGGAAGAUCUCUUUCUAUUUUUCUGUUUCUUCUUUGUAGGAAGAUCAUUUCCUAAACAAUUUCCUAGUGUUAUUAUGUCUUUUCCCUCCCCUUUA